AUGGCCGGCGAAGCCCACCCCUUCGAGACCACUGACUUCAACCCAGCCUGGGCCACGACGAUGUGCACGAGCAGGCCGUGGCUCCGGCCACCGCCGCUGACGGCGAUCUCAUACGACACCUCCAAGCCAGAGGCGCUUUUCAAGCUGGACUUGUUUCACCUUUUAAGGUGGGUCUGGGUGCUCUAUGCUGAUUUGAUGCUGCUACUCAAGGGCUACAUGGCCUUGGCAUCGCACACCCUGCAAAUUGGCUACUGCGGCUUCGGGCUCAAGCCAAAGUUCCAUGCUGAAGUGGCGCUGGCCAAGCGGAAUCUGAAGGAAUGGCGUGAUCCCUGCCUUCCUACGGCCUGCGGCUUCGCAGUGUGCUUGGCCCGCGUUGGUGCUGCAGAUGUGGCCAAGCAGGUGGUGAACACGCCGUGGUGGCCGGCAGGCAGUGAGAAGACGCUGGAGAGUGUGGGCAUCAUUUCUCAUGGCUUUGUCUACAUGACGGCCAUGAUGGAGGUCAAUGAGACGCUGCAGAAGACGGCGCUUCAAGAGAUCUGGGACGUGCGGGAUAUCGCCCGUGGUGCUGGCGCAGAGCUUGUGGAUCUGGUGGACUGCUUCGUGAACGCCCCAGCCGGUAUGGCAGCAGAGGUGAAGAAGGCGCUCAUCUCAGCGAUGCCGCCAGACCUCCAAGCCUCGCUGCCGGCCUUCACAGUGGUUGAGAUGCCGGGCGAGUACCAGUUCGUGUACAACUCCAUCAUGUGCACUGCACUUGUCCCUGACGGCAAGAGUGUCCGAAAGACCUGGAGGCACCGCGGCGCUUACGGCGUUUCAGCGAGAGGCAUGGUCUUCAUCGAGGGCAGCGUGGCGAAUGGCACGCAAGAUGCCUUUGAAGAAACGCGGGAGCUGGUCACGCGCUUCGAGGAGCUCAGCGCGCUGGCGGCUGCAGCGGCGCUGGCGGAGUGCAGCGCCUUCGUGGCGCACGCGGCGGACGCCGCGGCGGUGCGCCGGGCGCUGGAGGCCAGCGGAAGUUCCCCUGCGAUGACCAUCGUGCAGGCGACCGGCCUGGGCGUGAACAAGUCCGUGCUUUUGAGAUGUACUGCUGCUGAGAGGGCGCAGACCAUCCCUGGCGCGACCGUUACGGACCGAUUCGUGUUUGCAUCAGCUCAGCUCGGCCAGAACACCACCGGUCUGGAUGCGCUGGCAUCACUUGAAGAGGUUCUCGCGGGGGCCAACGUCACUUUGAAGGAUGUGAUCAAUUGCGCCUUCUUCGUCAAAGAUCAGCAGAAGAUGAUGGAUCUUUUCGGCGGAUUUUUCAAGGUCUUUAACCAGGACAACCCUCCUCCGCCAUCCCGUGGAGAGUAUCAGGCGCAGAGCGAAUGCCCCAGUUGCCAAGUGGCCGCGAAGUGCAUUGCGGCGCGGCCUGUCAAAAGCAGUGAGAUGGCGCGCAUCGUCGUCUGA